UUUGCCCCAAAAGUUGCAUUUAUUUCACUCGCUUUUGCAUAAUCUUGUUGUUGAUUUUAUUUUCACAGUUGUUUUUUUAAGAUUACAGUAGAAAUACAAUACGACAAUGAAGUGCAAAAGAAGAAGUUGGAAACAAAAUAAUAACAGAAAAAACGGAAUUCCCAUGGAAUUUGCAGAGCUUGUUUGAUAAAGAAUGGGAAGCCCAUAGGAAAUGGUUUGCAAAACUCAAAAAUCGAUGGAAAUUGAAAAAUGAUUAGGACAUUGUGCGUAAUCCAAUUGGACAUCAACUACCAUGCAAACUAGAAUAAAGAUCUCUCCUGAACUCGCUGUUCCGAAUGAAGAACUAGCUGAAAUUCCAACUGAGAGAUCUGAGGAAUCUUUAGCUGAUGAUUAUCGUCAAGAAGAGGCGGAAAGUUUUUUGAAAGAAGUUGAACCUCUACAUCUUGAUCAGAAUCUUUUGAACUUGACGGAAGCGCAACAGUGGGAUAUUGCUCAAGAACCUUUUCCUUCUACAAAAAGCGAAAAAUCGAACUCUACUGUCGAUGAAGAUGUUGAUAUUUCUGACAAUAACUACGUUCCUUUGAACGGAACUAACAUGGCCAAUGCUGCCAACACCGAUAAUAAUGGGUACAACCAGAUCGGAGUUUUUGAUCGCUCAGAUAAAAGAACCCACAAUUAUCUGCUCGUACAACUUCAGGAGUUGGUACUUGAGCUGCCAGACGGUAAUGGUGAUAUAAAUAUGAUGGAAGAAACUGGGCAACCGCCUGCUGGAAUGAUUGCCGGGAUUAAGCAGAGCAUGUCACAAUGCCAAAUUUCGAAUGGCGAAAGCUCUGGACUUUCUCCAAUUCAGGAUCCGGGAAUUGCUGGAAAUGUGAUGGCGUCGCAAGCUGGGCUCAACACACGUGAUUUAGGUCGGACUAAGACGCAGAACCGCCGUUCAAAGAAAUCUCCAAAUAACAAGAUCCCAGCCAUGCAUAAGAGAAGACAGAAGUCGGCAAAACCGGCAGUUUCGGUUGACGAAAAACAUGAAAAGCAGAAAGAGAAAAAUUGUGGUUACUCAAAAAAGCACUAUUGGGACAAAAAAGAAGAAAAGCCACAUUUAGAAACAUUGGAGUACAUCUUUUCUUUAGUGGAGCCGAACAAUAAAAAAAGGUUUGAAGUUGUACGGAGGAUGGUGUGGAUGCUAAAGAAAAACACCGAACCAAAACCUGAAGACGAUAUUUCUCCCAUACUGAUUGAUUGGAUUGUAGCCAUAAUUAAAAAGAUCAAGGGAUACAAAAAGUUUGGCACAGUAGCAGAACUUCUUGAGGCUCUUGAGAAAGAGAUGAACGGUGCUGUAACAAAAUUUGAGCAUACCAAAAAGAACCCCUCUCCUAUCAAAGGAACAUGCGGAUCACAAAAAAAUCGUACCACAAUGGCGAGUGACCUCAAAUCGCUCAGAUAUAUGGUCUUUGGAUUAAUUCUCAAUUUUCAAAAUGAGUUCUGUUCUCAAUUGCAGCAAUUCAGUCUUAACUGUCUGAAACCGAAAUAAUUGGUAAUCGCACCAAAAAAAUCGCCAAAAAAUCCACAAAAAAAACCAAUUUUUCUUAUUUUCUGUUUUUUUCCGCUU